CACAUAGGGCUCUGUGGUUUGGGGUUCAUUCUUCCUCCACUUAAGGAAGCAUAUUGAGGGUGCUGGGUGGCUGUGUGGGGAGGGAAGCCACAUUCACCGCUUGCCUGUACUUCUCUGCCCAGGUGGGUGUAAGAUGUUUGACCUCAAGAUUAUGGUUGCCAUUGGUGGCGGCUUACUGAUCACCGCGUUUGUGCUGAUGGGUGUUGUCAUCUAUCUUUGCUGCAAAGUGGCCAACACAUUGAAAGCCCCAAAGGUACCUGCUUGUUUGGCCUUAAAAAAUAAUCCAGCCAUGCUCACCCAGGACAAGCUCGCUACAGCCACUGCCAUCGCCACUGGGUCUUGUCCCAACCUCCAAUGCUGUGACGAAUGUAGCUUGUAUGCCGACUUUGAUCCCGUGCCACCGUGCUUCUGUGACGUAAACGAGGGACUCUGACUUGGGUAGGCACAGACAUCUUCAUGAGCAAUAUUUCUUUCUUAGUACAAUGUUUUAUUAUUCAAGUCAAGUUCUAUAGUGUUUAAAUUAUAUACUAUAUAACAUUAUAUUUAUGUGCUUUUGAAUAAAUAUGCAAUACUGA